UGGACCCGAUUCCUUCUCCUUCGUUGCCAUUCUUACGCACUGACUUUUUCCUUUCUUUAGUUUUCGAUAGAAACUAUACAAAGAAGAAAAACCAAAAAAAAAUGGGUAUUUUGACAAGUGUGUUGGGGAUCCUUGGUUUCGUAAUCGGAAUCCCUAUUGGACUCAUCACUGGUUUCUUCGUCUUGAUUUAUUCUAAGCCUACACACCAAGAGUAUCCACCUGCGAGGCCACUAGUUGAGACUAGCAUCAGUGUCCUUCUUGAUCUCUUACCAGACAUUCCAUUGUGGAUUAAGAAUCCAGAUUAUGAAAGAGUGGACUGGUUUAAUAGAUUUCUCUCAUACAUGUGGCCUCACCUCGAUAAGGCUAUUUGUGGGAUCAUCCGGAGUUCUGCUCAACCUAUAUUUGCAGAUUAUGUUGGGACGUUCUGUAUAGAAUCCAUAGAGUUCGAGAAAUUGAGUCUUGGAUCGCUUCCACCAACAAUUCACGGUGUUAAGUUUUAUGAUACCAAUGAGAAGGAACUUCUGGUAGAACCAUCAAUCAAGUGGGCAGGCAAUCCCAACAUUGUUUUGGUGCUAAAGGUGAUGUCUUUACGAAUUAGAGUCCAGCUCGUAGAUCUCCAGUUUUUUGCUACAAUGCGUGUAGCGCUGAAGCCUCUUCUGCCGACCUUCCCUUGUUUUGGAACGGUUGUAGUUUCAUUAAUGGAAAAGCCACAUGUUGAUUUUGGAUUGAAAGUUCUUGGUGGAGAUGUCAUGUCCAUUCCGGGUCUCUACAGAUAUGUUCAGGAAACUAUUAAAAGGCAAGUUUCAAGCAUGUACCAUUGGCCACAAGUACUUGAGAUACCUAUUCUUGAUGCUUCAACAGCGGCUGUAAAGAAGCCUGUUGGAUUACUACAUGUGAACAUUAUUAGAGCACAUAAUCUCCUCAAGAAGGAUUUGUUGGGAACAUCCGACCCUUAUGUCAAACUUAGCUUGACUGGAGAAAAGCUUCCAGCAAAGAAAACCACCAUAAAGAAGAGAAACUUAAACCCAGAAUGGAACGAACACUUCAAGCUCAUCGUGAAGGAUCCAAAAUCACAAGUCCUUCAACUAGAAGUUUUUGACUGGGACAAGGUCGGAGGGCACGACAGAUUGGGAAUGCAGAUGAUCCCCUUGCAAGAGAUUAGCCCGGGUGAGAAGAAGGUGUUUAAUCUGGAUCUGAUUAAGAACUCAAAUGUUGUUAUGGAUUCUGUGGACAAGAAAAAAAGAGGAAGAUUGGAGUUGGAUCUCAGGUAUGUGCCAUUCAGAGAAGAAAGCCUUAAGAGUAGACACGGAAAACAGGAUGAGUACCAGAGAAAAGUAAGCAGAAACGAGAAACCAUCAGAAGACGAUGAUUUUCUCAGUCAUGCAGGUCUACUCUCAGUUGCAAUCCAAUCAGCCAAAGACGUCGAGGGCAAGAAGAGUCACUCGAACCCUUAUGCUGUUGUUCUCUUCAGAGGAGAAAAGAAGAAAACAAAGAUGCUGAGGAAAACACGAGACCCUAGAUGGAAUGAGGAAUUCGAGUUUACACUAGAGGAGCCGCCAGUUAAAGAGAGUGUACGCGUUGAAGUCAUGAGUAAAGGAACUGGCUUUCACUUUCGAUCCAAGGAGGAACUAGGACAUGUAGACAUAAAUCUGGACGAUGUUGUUGUCAAUGGAAGGAUCAACCAGAAAUACCAUCUUAUCAAUUCCAGAAACGGCAUUAUUCACAUUGAGAUCCGUUGGACAACUAGUUAACAAACUGAUCACAUGAAUUUUUGUUUAAGUGGGGGUUUUAUUAUAUUAUUUCGUGUCAUUUAUCUAAAUCAAUUGGAAUUAGACGUACA